UCCCCCGCCGCCCGGCCGGGGCUGCGCUCCCCCGGCUGCCGCACACGGCGCGGCGGCUCCGAGCCAUGAGCCCUACGCGGCGGCCGGGCAGAACGCCCCGCAGCCGGGCCCUUCCCGUGGGACGGACCGCUCGGGGACUAAAACUCUUAUGGAUACAAUGAAGUGGCUCUGGGACUCUUGGUUUAGCAGGAAUAUUUAAAUAAACCAAUCUGUUUCUACUACUUGGAGAAAAGACCCGUAUAGACAAAGCAGGAUGAAAAGAUGGCUGACUUCUUGUUACCACCGGGUACUAACAGCUUCCACCGGUUCACGCCCGAAUCCUUGGCUGCUAUUGAGAAGCGAAUUGCAGAGAAGCUUGCGAGGAAUGCAAAGCAGGAGUACAGAGAGCAGCUGGGCGAAGAGGAAAAACCUCAGCCUCAGUUUGAUUUGCAAGCAUGCAAGAAACUGCCUGAUAUCUAUGGAACUGUUCCUCCAGAGCUUAUUGGAGAGCCACUGGAGGACAUUGACCCCUUCUACAAUGAUCGCAAGACAUUUGUAGUACUGAACAAAGGGAAGACAAUAUUUCGAUUUAGUGCCACUCCUGCCUUGUAUAUACUUAGUCCUUUCCAUCCAGUCAGAAGAGCAGCAAUUAAGAUUUUGGUACAUUCAUUGUUCAGUAUGUUUAUUAUGUGCACUAUUUUAACUAAUUGUGUGUUCAUGGCACAAUCAGAGACUCCAUCAUGGAAUAAAUAUGUUGAGUACACUUUCACUGGCAUUUAUACUUUUGAGUCAUUGAUAAAAAUAUUGGCGAGAGGAUUUUGCAUGACAGAAUUCACCUUCCUUCGAGAUCCAUGGAACUGGCUGGAUUUCAGUGUUAUUGUUAUGGCAUACAUAACUGAAUUUGUGGACCUGGGCAAUGUCUCAGCCUUGCGAACGUUCAGAGUACUGCGGGCGCUGAAAACAAUCUCAGUCAUUUCAGGACUGAAGACCAUUGUGGGUGCCCUGAUCCAGUCGGUGAAGAAGCUGUCGGAUGUGAUGAUCCUGACGGUGUUUUGUCUCAGUGUUUUUGCUCUGAUAGGCCUCCAGCUCUUUAUGGGCAACUUGAGACACAAGUGUGUGAGGGACUACACGCAGUUUAACUUCACCAAUGGCACGUUGUACUUGGAUGGCAGAACAUGGAACAACUCAGAGGAAUUUCUUAAUGAUCCAGUAAACUACUUCAUAAAGAAUGGUACCGAAGAUGUGUUACUGUGUGGCAAUAGCACUGAUGCUGGCACCUGCCCUGAGGGAUACAUAUGUCUGAAGGCUGGGGAAAAUCCUGACCACGGUUACACAAGCUUUGAUACUUUUGGCUGGGCCUUUCUCUCUCUCUUCCGUCUUAUGACUCAAGAUUAUUGGGAGCGCCUCUACCAACAGACUCUCAGAUCUGCUGGGAAGAUCUACAUGCUGUUUUUUAUGCUGGUCAUCUUUCUGGGCUCAUUUUAUCUGGUCAACCUGAUUCUGGCUGUGGUGGCCAUGGCAUAUGAAGAGCAGAACCAAGCCACUAUUGCUGAAACAGAAGAAAAGGAAAGAAAGUUUCGGGAAGCCAUGGAAAUGUUAAAGAAAGAGCAGGAGGCACUAGCUGCUAAAGGGAUUGACUCGAUGUCACUUAGCUCCCUGGAAAUGUCACCUUUAGCAUCCAAAAAUGCCAAGGAAAGAAGAAACAGGCGAAAGAAAAAGAAAUCUUUGGGGGCAGAAGAGUAUGGGGAUGACCAGAGGAAUUCUAAGUGUGAAUACGAUGAUGGUCAGAGGAGAAUGACUCUCCUUGGCAUUAGUUAUGGUCCCAGUGCAAACUUGGUGAAGCGCAGAACCAGCCACGGAAGCAUAUUCAGUUUCCGACUCCGUGGUAGAGACACUGGCUCCGAAACAGAUUUUGCCGAUGAUGAGAUCAGCACCGCUGGGGAAAAUGAAAGCCACCGGGGCUCUCUCUUAAUUCCAAGAUCUGGGAGACGUCUGAGCAUUCAAAGUCAAGUGAGCCAUAGUUCUCACCCUACUACUCCCAACUACACCCAGAUGGGCAAAAGGAACAGCUCAGUGGAUUGCAAUGGUGUGGUUUCCCUGAUAGGAGGAGGCACCGGGGCACUCAACCCAGACCCUACUUCUCCUGCAGGGUUACUGCUCCCCCCAGUUAUUAUGGAAAAACCUGGGACAGGCGAUCUGACCUCUCCCUCAGAUGAAGCCAGCAAGAAGCAGCUUUUAAUGCCCCAUCGCCCAUCGGUGGACCACUCAGAUGAACCCUUCCAGAGACAAAGGGCAGUGAGCGCUGUCAGCAUCAUCACCAGUGCCCUGGAAGAGCUUGAGGAAUCACACCAGAAAUGCCCUCCAUGCUGGAACCACUUUGCUGUUAAAUUUCUCAUUUGGGAUUGCUGCCCGUUUUGGCUUUUAAUCAAGAAAUUUGUCAAGUUUGUGGUAAUGGACCCAUUUACUGACCUCACCAUCACCCUCUGCAUUGUGCUGAACACACUCUUCAUGGCGUUGGAGCAUUAUAAGAUGACAAAGGAGUUUGACCACAUGCUAUACAUAGGCAAUCUGGUCUUCACUGGGAUUUUUACGGCAGAAAUGAUCUUCAAAGUAAUUGCCCUUGACCCCUACUACUAUUUUCAGCAGGGCUGGAACAUUUUUGACAGCAUAAUUGUUAUACUGAGCCUGAUGGAACUGGGUUUAUCCAGCAUGGGGAACCUGUCUGUGUUACGCUCCUUUCGAUUGCUUCGGGUCUUCAAACUGGCCAAGUCAUGGCCGACCUUAAAUACGCUCAUUAAAAUCAUCGGUAAUUCCGUGGGUGCCCUUGGAAACCUCACCCUUGUGCUGGCCAUCAUCGUCUUUAUUUUCGCUGUGGUAGGAAUGCAGCUUUUUGGGAAAAGCUAUCUGGACAAUGUUAAGAAGAUAAGCACAACUGGCAAUUUGCCACGGUGGCACAUGAAUGAUUUCUUCCAUUCGUUCCUCAUCAUCUUCCGAAUCCUGUGCGGAGAGUGGAUCGAGACCAUGUGGGACUGCAUGGAAGUAGCUGGGCAGCCCCUGUGCCUUCUCGUCUUCCUGUUGGUCAUGGUGAUAGGAAACCUGGUGGUGCUCAACCUGUUCCUUGCCUUGCUGCUCAGCUCUUUCAGUGCUGACAACCUUUCGGCACCAGAUGAGGAUGGAGAGAUGAACAACCUGCAGCUUGCCUUUGCUCGGAUCAACAGGGGUCUUCAGUAUGUGAAACACACAACAUGGGAUUUUUGCUGCAACGUCCUUCGGCAUCCCAAGACAACAGCUGAGAAGAAGGCAAUGAUGAAACUUGCUGCCCAGAAUACAGGUGCCCUUAACAAUUGUGUCAACAGCCACCCAACUGCUGAGCUUGGCAAAGACAUGGAGAAUCACAAAGAGAACCACACUGAGGAUGGGAUGAAUAAAAAUGUGGAGAAACACCUGGGAAUUACAGACAGCGAUGACUUUAUGACCAAUCCUGACCUAUCAAUUUGUGUUCCUAUUGCUGUGGGAGAGUCUGACAUCGAGGAGGAAGAUGAGGAGCAAAGCACGUUUACAGAAAUGGAGCAGGAUUAUUUCCAGCAGGAAAAGCAGCUGCAGCUGAGGGGGCAGCGAUGCCAAAGCCCAGGUGCCCGGAGUCAGAACUCUGAGAUUUGUGAAGAGUUAAGUGAGUUGCACGUGGAUAAGCAGUUGAAGGCUGAGCCACCACCUCCAGUAGGGCAAAAAGAGCUUGAUGAAAUCAGCCUUUCCGAAGGCAGCACAGUGGAUUUGACAAAUCCUGCAGAACUGCUGGAGCAGAUCCCUGAGUUUGCUGAGGAGCUGAUGGAGCCUGAAGAUUGCUUCCCCGAAGUUUGUGUGCGGUUCUUCCCAUGCUGUUCUGUGGACAUCUCAAAAUUUCCAGGCAAAAUUUGGUGGAGGCUCCGGAAAACUUGCUACAGGAUUGUUGAACACAACUGGUUUGAGACCUUCAUCAUCUUCAUGAUCCUGCUGAGCAGUGGAGCCCUGGCUUUUGAAGAUAUUUACCUUGAAGAUCGAAAAAACAUAAAAACCAUGCUGGAAUACGCUGACAAAAUAUUCACUUACAUCUUUGUAUUGGAAAUGCUCCUGAAAUGGGUGGCUUAUGGCUUCAAGAAGUACUUCACCAAUGCGUGGUGCUGGCUUGACUUCCUCAUUGUCGAUGUUUCCUUAAUAAGCCUCAUAGCCAACACUCUUGGAUACUCUGAGAUGGGCCCAAUUAAAUCCCUUAGGACCCUUCGAGCUCUGAGACCAUUGAGGGCGCUGUCACGGUUUGAAGGGAUGAGGGUGGUGGUCAAUGCCCUUGUGGGAGCCAUCCCUUCCAUCAUGAAUGUUCUGCUUGUCUGCCUCAUCUUCUGGCUCAUCUUUAGCAUCAUGGGAGUCAACUUGUUUGCCGGGAAGUUUGGGAAGUGCAUUAAUAAGACAGAAGGAGAUAUGCCUUUAGACUCUAAAAUUAUUAACAACAUGACUGACUGCAUACUUUAUAAUGUUUCUGGCACAUUUUACUGGACAAAAGUUAAGGUUAACUUUGAUAACGUUGGCGCUGGAUAUCUGGCUCUCCUGCAAGUGGCCACAUUUAAAGGUUGGAUGGAUAUUAUGUAUGCAGCAGUGGAUUCACGAGAGUGUGAGGAGCAGCCUGAAUGGGAAUGUAAUUUAUACAUGUACCUGUACUUCGUGAUUUUCAUCAUCUUCGGGUCUUUCUUCACAUUGAACCUCUUCAUUGGUGUCAUCAUCGACAAUUUCAACCAACAGAAGAAAAAGUUAGGUGGCCAGGACAUCUUUAUGACAGAAGAACAGAAAAAGUAUUAUAAUGCAAUGAAAAAGUUGGGAUCUAAGAAACCUCAAAAGCCAAUCCCAAGACCACUGAACAAAUACCAAGGUUUUAUUUUUGAUGUUGUCUCAAAACAAGCCUUUGAUGUCUCCAUCAUGAUUCUCAUCUGCCUUAACAUGGUUACCAUGAUGGUAGAAACAGAUGAUCAAAGUCAGGAAAAAGUGAACAUACUCCACAAAAUCAACAUGCUUUUUGUUGCCAUCUUCACUGGGGAGUGCAUCUUCAAAAUGCUGGCACUACGACACUACUACUUCACCAUUGGUUGGAACAUCUUUGACUUUGUGGUCGUGAUUCUGUCUAUUGUAGGCACCGUACUUUCUGACAUCAUUCAGAAAUACUUUUUCUCUCCCACACUCUUCAGAGUCAUUCGCUUGGCUCGAAUUGGCCGGAUCCUAAGACUCAUCCGUGGAGCCAAAGGAAUUCGAACUCUCCUUUUUGCCUUAAUGAUGUCCCUACCUGCUCUGUUCAACAUUGGGCUCUUGCUUUUUCUGGUCAUGUUCAUUUAUGCCAUUUUUGGCAUGGCUAACUUUGCCUAUGUUAAGAAGGAGUAUGGGAUCGAUGACAUGUUCAACUUCCAAACUUUUGCUAACAGCAUGCUCUGUCUCUUCCAAAUCACAACAUCAGCUGGCUGGGAUGGUCUUCUCAAUCCUAUUUUGAACACUGGACCACCAUAUUGCGACCCAAACCUUCCAAAUGCAAAUGGUUCAAAGGGAGACUGUGGAAGCCCCGCCGUAGGGAUUUUAUUCUUUGUUACUUACAUCAUUAUAUCAUUUCUCAUUGUUGUAAACAUGUAUAUAGCCAUUAUUUUAGAGAACUUCAGUGUAGCCACUGAGGAAAGUACAGAGCCUCUAAGUGAGGACGAUUUUGAGAUGUUUUAUGAAAUCUGGGAGAAGUUUGACCCAGAUGCCACCCAGUUCAUUGAGUACUCUGCACUUUCAGACUUUGCAGAUGCACUGUCAGAACCUUUGCGCAUAGCGAAACCAAACAAAAUCAAACUCAUAGCAAUGGACCUGCCCAUGGUCAGCGGAGAUAGGAUCCAUUGCUUGGAUAUUUUGUUCGCUUUUACAAAAAGGGUGCUAGGAGAAUCUGGGGAGAUGGAUGCCCUUAAAAUACAAAUGGAAGAAAAGUUCAUGGCAGCAAAUCCAUCCAAGAUCUCCUAUGAACCAAUAACAACAACUCUCAGACGGAAACAAGAAGAGGUCUCUGCCAUCAUCAUCCAGCGCGCCUACAGGAGACAUUUGUUUCGGCGCUCGAUGAAGCAGGCGUCUUACUUGUACCGACACAGAACUUUUGAUGGCAGCAUCCUCGAGGACGAUGCACCUGAGAAGGAGGGUCUCAUUGCAUUCAUGAUGAAUGAGAACUACGGCAGGCCAAUAGACAAAUCAGAAACUCUGUCCUCCACGUCCUUCCCUCCAUCCUACGACAGCGUUACCAGGGGUACAAGUGAGAAUCUCCAGCUGAAGUUGACAGACUUGAGCAAAAGUGACGAGGCCAUAGAUUGUUUGCUCUCACCAGACAGAGAUAAAGAAUCAAUUGUUUAAAUGUCUGUUUAGAAUGCUUUAAAAUAUUGUUUACAGAAUGUAAUGCUGUAACUACACAACGAUCGAAGCAGCCUUUUUAUUAAACGUUAGUUGCAAAAGAAACAAUGGAGUUUUUACCCUUAACUACAGGAGUCUAAUAAGUCAUAUAGCCUUUGGCCCUGCUCUUUUUGACUUGGCUCAAUAUUUAUAUUUAUAUAUGCACAGGAAGAAUCUUGGCAGGGUCAUGGCUGUUAUAUCAGUUGUGUGAAUAGGAAUAUGCUAGACUGUAAAACAGCAAACACAGUGUAUAUCUAUCCACAGAUAAAGCCUGGCUGUAUACAUUCAUUUAAGGUCUUACUCAUAUUAGUGUGUUUACUUAUGGCAAUGUAUGACCUUGCAUUCUAAAAAGAAAAAAAAAAUAUAUCACAGCUGCUGUAGCAAAAUGUAACACUUACUGUAUAUGUUGUGAAUGGUCUUUCAUAAAUUUAUUAUAUUUGAUAUUUUUUUACUUAAAAAAAGUCUCUUUUUCCAUGGAGAUUAACGAUCCUUACACUCUUCAUGAUGAACUCUGAGUCAAGCUAAUAGGAACAUGCGGGAUCCCCGUUGCUUGAAGAGGAAAGUUGUUGCAAAGUAAAAAUCCAGUUAGCAACAUUUAACUGUUUAUUACACUCAGCCCUCCCCGCUGGGACUUGCAACUGCUCAUCAGCAGGAACAGAAAAAGAAAGGGGGAAAAAAAAAAAAAAAAGAACAAAAAAACUAGAGAAGGAAAUGAUGACAAAAAUCAUAAGAGAAAUUGCGUGUUCUAUCCUUCAGGAAGCCAGAGAAUAAUGGAUUCUGUUUGUAAAACUGUUAAUAAAAGCACUAAUUUUUUAGUAUGUUUCAAGAAUCUGCUUUGAAUACUGCAAUCCAACUUGCCAUAGAAGUAGUGCAUCACCUGUGUGUAGUGCUCAAGGAACCAUGUAUGCUGGCAGAGUUAAGGGCAUGGGAUAGGCUGUGUUUUCUCAGGAACACUGAGCUAAGCAGCCUUUUUGGAAACUCUGUGCAUCAAUAUUACUCCAAAAAUAGUAUUAUUAAUCAUAGCAACACCGAUUGGGUCAUGAGGAAUGGCUGCAGUAGUGUGUUAAGAAGGCUGGAGGGGAAUCGCCCCUGGAUCUGUACGUAACCUGCAAGGUUUUGAAUCCUUUCUUCUCAGUGUCCAUCUUUCAUUUUAUCAGAUGGUACUGUUAGAUGACUGGGGAAGGAUGAGACAUAUAGGAACCAAUGAUAAGAAUCCACUAGAAAAUAGAAAUUUCUUCAUUCCUGCAGGCAAAGGAAUAUUUACAGCUGACGCAUCAGCUUCAGGCCAAAGAAAUGACUACAGAAUGGAAGGUGGAUGUGUGGCUGUAGGAAAGUAUUAGAGGUUUUAUGUGCUAACAUAGAUUAUUAUUUAUUAUUAAACUUUCAGCUGUGGUAGAAUAUGAGAAAGUAUCUAUGGAAUAUAGAGACAGUUCUGUCAAUGCAGACAGGUUCUUUUUCACCUUCAGUCUGAUUGUACUUGGUUUGGUUGAACUUCGUGAAAAAUCUUGAGAUUUCUGUAAUGAGCCAUUGCACUUUAAGGAAGAGUAAUUGUGCUUUUCACCUUGGAGAAGCAAAGAUAUCAAGAAUGUAUUUAAGGUGUAUUGUGAUUGACAUUUAGUUACAUCCCAGGUUGUAAAGGUGUCAAAAUCCACAUGGGGUUGGCAACAAGAAUUAAAGCAACAUGUUACAGCAAAUUUUGUCUAUGGCCAUUGUUAUCUGUCCUCUAAACAAGUAAAAAUGUGUAAAGACAACGUGUCAAGAGGAUGACUAUGUAUCUGUAAAUAUGGGCUAAUUAUUCUCUCCAUUCAUUGAGAGGUGUCUCAGGCAUUCACUUGAGAGUGGGCUAUUGGAUAAUGCAGAGGAUUUGCCAGCAGGAUUCCUGGGAUCUAUUCCUGAUUCUUGCUACAUGAUUUUUAGGCAAAUAAUUGAACCUAUCUGUGCCUCAGUUUACCCAUCUGUAAAAUGGGGAUAAUAAUGCUUACCUACCUCACAGGGGUGUUGUCAGACUUUCUGGUUGCAAAGUGCUAUAAGGGAAUGAAACGUAUUCUAUAAGUAUUAUUAUAAUCAUGCUCUCUUGCCCUUUUAACCCCAUGUCUAUGGUGUAUAACAUAGGGCUGUUCCUCUGGAGAUUUUGUUGCCUUUAAAUCUUGUAUGUAAUUAGAUUCUAACCUAAGGGAACUACUCUUCAUUCCUUGAAGUGAAAACACUCUGUAUUCUUUCCUUCCUCCUUGCCAUCCUUUCCCCUCACCCCCCUCCACCCCCCAAAGAAGAAAAUUGCUCAAGGCUUCUCAAAUUAGAGAAACUUUAUACAGAUUCCCUGUGUAUUUAUGCUGUAAUCUUAUUCUGACUGUACAUAUCACCCAGAAAGAGUAUGCGAUUUUUAUAUUUAUAUGCAUACACACACACACACACACACAUGCAUAUACCUAUACAAAUAUAAGUAUAUUGUGAGUUUAUAGAGUGACUGACACUCAGAGGAAAUGACUACCUGAUUAAAACAUUUUGUUCUCAGUGGGAUUUAUUGAUCAUUAGAAAUGAGCUGCUGCCUAUAAUGAAACUGUUUAAUUAGGAAAAAGUACAUGCAUCACCUGCUGAACAAGCAUUUAUUGGCUGACAACUGGUAAAAUUAUUUUCCUUUCAAAUCUUCAGAAUGAUGGGGAAAAAAAAAAAAAAAAAAAAAAAC